AUGGGUUUCGCUGGCAUUUGCCUUGCUGUCGUGACAGCAGUAUCCGCUGUACAUGCGAGACAUGUUCCGCAACAAUCAUCUGCCUGUAAUGGUCUCCUCGGCACGGAUCUUAGCCCGGGUCAUACCGUGUCUGAUGCAGCAGUCUUUCCAUCUGGCAGCUUGAACUCUUCGGGUAUCAUCAACGCAUUCACCCUCUGCCGAGUUCGAGGAACCGUCAGUUAUGAUACAGACGAUACACCCAUCCUCAACGGCCCGAACACUCUCACCUGGGAGUUAUAUCUGCCAGUAGCCUCUGACUAUAAUCACCGAUUUAUCGUCGUCGGAAACGGUGGAUAUGCCGGUAACAUCGAUGAGGCGUCGAUGAUGACCCAACUCAAUCAUGGAUACGCAGUUGCCGCGGGUGACAGUGGUCAUUCCCUCGCUGCCAGCGGAAACGGUACAUACGCCUCGUUCUUAGCCAACAAGGGAGAAGUGAACGCCUGGAUCCACAACUCCAUUGCAAUGGUUACCAAGGUCACUCGAGCCUUGGCCACUGAAUACUACACCAAGUGCCCUGAAUUCAGCUACUACCACGGAUGUUCAACCGGGGGUGCACAGGGGUAUUCACUCGCCCAGUUUCACCCAGAACUGUUUGAUGGGAUCUACGCCGGAAGCCCGGGAAAUUGGUACAGCCAUCUAAUUCUCAGUUUCCUUUGGGCCGGACAGAAAACACAAGGAAGCGGAUUCAUGAAUCAGGACGUCUUGAACUUUGUCACCGAUCGCGUUCUUUCUGCAUGCGAUUCUCUCGAUGGGGUCGUCGACGGACUGAUUGAGAAUCCACUGGUCUGUGAUUUCAAGAUCACUCAACUUGAAUGUCCUUCCGAUCGUAGUCCAACAACUGCCAGCGGGGAAGUGGUGUGUCUCACUUCGGACCAAGUUGCAGCAGCCCAAGCGAUGUACGCCGGACCUAAGAACACUGUCACUGGUGAAGAGGUCUACCCGGGAAUGGACUUGGGCUCAGAAAACGGUUGGCUGAGUCUGGAGACGACUUUGUAUAAGAGCUAUUCCGAGCUCAUCCUGAAGGAGCUCGUCUUUGGGGAUCUGACCUAUAACAUCUCCAACUUCAACUGGGGCUCUGAUGUUUCCAGAGUCGACCAGACCGCAUCACCUGUGAUCACUGCAACCUCCCCAGACCUUUCCAACUUCCGGAACCGAGGAGGCAAGUUGAUUACCACGCAGGGCUGGGCAGAUCAGUACAACGCAGGUCUUUGGCCCAUCCAACACCUUCAUCAGAUUGAAGCCGCUAUGGGUAGGGCUAAUGUUGCCGAUUUCAUGGAGGUUUUCAUGGUCCCCGGAGGUGGACAUUGCGGGGCGAACCCUGCAUAUUCCCACGUGCCAGGGAAAUACCAGGUUCUGGAUGUCCUGGUGCCGUGGGUAGAGCAAGGCAUCCGUCCGACUGAGAUGUUGAGCACAACUCCCCCUGACGGAACCAAUACUACCCGCAAACUUUGCCCAUGGCCGGAAAAUGCGCGAUACACGCAGGGUGACAUCGAUGAUUGGACGUCUUACAUUUGCGUCUAG